GAUUGGCCGCUCCGACGGCGAGACCCGGCCCCACCGGGCGGCUGCUCCCGGUGACACUCGCCCGCCCGCGCCUCCCGGGGCGGCCGGUGCUGCCCGCGGCUCCGGCACCAUGGACCGGCUCAGCGUGCUGGACCAGCUCCUGCCAGAGCUCAGCAUGUUGCUCAAGCUGCUGGACCAUGAGUACCUGAGUGCCACCACGCAGGAGAAGAAGCUGGCCGUGUCCACCAUCCUGCAGAAGCUGCAGCCGCCUGCAGGGAAGGAUGUGGACUACAUGUAUGUCAACACAGCAUCCCUGAGCAACGGUACCAGCUUCGUGGAGUCUCUCUUUGAGGAGUUUGACUGUGACCUGCGGGACCUCCAGGACAUGCAGGAGGAGGAGGGGGACACCGGGGAAGGUGCUGGAGGGGAGGAGCUGGCGAGGACCCAGACGGCGAAACCUGUUCCUGUGGACCCUGCCCCACCACUGCCCACCACUCCCCCGCCUGAGGAUUACUACGAGGAAGCCCUGCCCCUGGGCCCUGGCAAGGCCCCCGAGUACAUCACCUCCCGCAACAGCUCCAGCCCCCCCAACUCCAUCGAGGAUGGCUAUUACGAGGAUGCAGACAGCAGCUACCCUGUCACCAGGAUGAACGGGGAGCAGAAAACCUCCUUCAAUGACUCGGAUGCGAUGAGCAGCUCUUACGAGUCGUACGAUGAGGAGGAGGAGGAGGCGAAGAGCCAGCAGCUCACACACCAGUGGCCGUCAGAGGAAGCUUCCAUGAACCUGGUGAAGGACUGCAGGAUUUGUGCCUUCCUGUUGCGCAAGAAGCGCUUCGGACAGUGGGCCAAGCAGCUCACCAUCAUACGGGACAGCAAACUGCUGUGCUACAAGAGCUCCAAGGACCGUCAGCCACACGUGGAGGUGCCCCUGGGCUCCUGCAAUGUCAUCUACGUCCCCAAGGACGGGCGGCGCAAGAAGCAUGAGCUGCGGUUUUCGCUACCGGGUGCCGAGGCGCUGGUGCUGGCCGUGCAGAGCAAGGAGCAGGCUGAGGAGUGGCUGAAGGUGAUAAAGGAAGCCAGCAGUCCGGCUGCAGGUGGGAUGGAAGCCCCCACCUCCCCGAUGAUGCCUUGCAAGCUGGACCUGGAUAAGCGUCUGUCACAGGAGAAGCACACCUCUGACUCGGACAGCGUGGCCACGGGUGAGACCAGCUCCACGGCAGCGCGCAGAGAGCCUGGCGAGCAUGGGAAGGGCAAAAAGAGUGGCUUGGCUGACCUGAAGGGCUCGAUGAGCCGCGCAGCGGGGAAGAAAAUCACCAGGAUCAUCAGCUUCUCCAAGAAGAAGCCUUCCCCCGAGGACACGCAGACCUCCACCGAGGAGGACAUCCCCUGCUGCGGCUACCUCAGUGUCCUGGUUAACCAGUGCUGGAAGGAGCGCUGGUGUCGCCUCAAGGGCAACACCCUCUACUUCCACAAGGACCGCACUGACCUGCGGACACACGUGAAUGCCAUCGUGCUCCGGGGCUGCGAGGUGGCCCCGGGGCUGGGCCCCAAACACCCCUUUGCCUUCCGCAUCCUUCGCAACGGGCAGGAGGUGGUGGCGCUGGAGGCAAGCUGCUCCGAAGACCUGGGCCGCUGGCUGGGUCUCCUCUUGGUGGAGACGGGCUCGCAGACAGCACCAGAGGCCCUGCACUACGACUACGUGGAUGUGGAGACCAUUGCCAACAUAGUGACGGCUGUGAGGCACUCCUACCUGUGGGCCAGCUCCUCCCAAGACCACCAGCCAGACUCCUCCCGUGUGGUGUACGAUGAUGUCCCCUACGAGAAGGUUCAGGCUGAGGAGCGGCCGGCAGGCGCACAGGUGAAGCGCCAUGCAUCCUCCUGCAGUGAGAAGUCGCGGCGGGUGGACCCACAAGUGAAGGUCAAGAGGCACGCGUCAAAUGCCAACCAGUACAGGUAUGGUAAGAACCGGGCGGAGGAGGAUGCCAGGCGAUUUCUGACAGAGAAGGAGAAGCUGGAGAAGGAGAAAGCAUCGAUUCGCAGCGAGCUGGUGUUGCUGCGGAAAGAGAAACGAGAGUUGCGGGAAGCAAUGAAGAGCAGCACGGGGCCGAAGCUGCAGGAGCUGGAGCAGCAGGUGGCGGUGCUGGAGGAACAGUGCCGGCAGAAGGAGGAGGGACGCGUCGAUCUGGAGCUGAAGCUGACCGAAGUUAAGGAACGGCUGAAGCAGUCGCUGGCGGGAGGCCCGGCCCUGGGGCUGGCUGUGACCAGCAAGGCUGAGAAUGGGGAAGCUACAAACAAGCCAAAUGGGAGCACCCCUGAGCACCUGGUCCCUGUUAACUGUGCAGCUGAACUGAGGAAAAGAAGUCCCUCCAUAAUCCCUGCCAACAAGGGGAACGUGCUGCGGAAGGCCAAGGAAUGGGAAAAGAAGCAGACUUAAGCCAGGCUGCAGGAAUGCCUGCCAAGCCCCAGUGGACACUGGGGCUCAUGGAAGAGCUACAAGCCCCCUUUCUCCAAGGCACAUGGGGCGAGAGACGCUGUCCCACACCCCACCACUGCAGCACCAUCUGCCUCGUGGGCAACACUAUGAACCAUGGGGAAG